UGACGUCACUUCCUGUCGGUAGCUUCUGGAGGUCAGGCAGGUUGGCUGACUGGCCGGGCAGGCGAACGAGAGUUUGUUAUUAAGAAGGCCGAUUAUCGGAGUUGGCCAACAUGUCAUCCUUGAGGUUGCUGUAUCGAGCGACACAGCCAGGUACAACGGCUGUGUUGCUGCGUACAUUAACUGUUUCAGCACAGAGGCAUAGCUAUAAAUAUGUAAACGCCAGGGAGGUACCUGAUGAUAUCACAGCCAUAACAGACCGAGCUGCUCAGACGCUUCUGUGGACAGAGCUCUUUAGAGGUUUGGGGAUGACCUUGAGCUACUUGUUCCGAGAACCAGCUACCAUUAAUUACCCCUUUGAGAAGGGGCCGCUUAGUCCACGUUUCAGAGGUGAGCAUGCCUUACGUCGCUAUCCUUCAGGGGAAGAGAGAUGCAUUGCCUGCAAGCUGUGUGAAGCCAUCUGCCCUGCCCAGGCAAUCACUAUCGAAGCUGAGCCACGUGCCGAUGGGAGUCGCAGGACUACACGAUAUGACAUUGACAUGACCAAGUGUAUUUAUUGUGGUUUCUGUCAAGAGGCCUGUCCAGUUGAUGCCAUUGUAGAGGGUCCAAAUUUUGAGUUCUCAACAGAAACGCACGAGGAGCUGCUAUACAAUAAGGAGAAACUCUUGAACAAUGGCGACAAGUGGGAAGCAGAAAUCGCAGCUAACAUCCAGGCCGAUUACCUUUAUCGAUGACCCUGAGACUCUCUGUUCUUCUUCCCUUCCUACCCACCACCUCCAUUCUGUCCAUUUCAUCGUUUUGUUUUAGCAUUGGCCUGUCAGACACAAAAUGUACGCACCACUACACCUUGAACUUACCUGUGGGCAUGUUUUCCAAAAUCUCAAAAACCACUGAGUGUUCUCAUAUCAUUUACUACCAAGAGAUGAGCGUUUUGUGGAACUGGGGGCCAUUGGUGUUUUGGUGUGGUAGGGCGGGGAGACGUCUGUAGUCGGGGCAGGGGCACUUAAUUUCAUCCUUCCCUAGUACAUGAUGAAGUUGGAAUUGUGUUUUUUGUGAAUAAAUUUAUUUUAUGAGAAUGCCA